UCACCAGUGGUGUCCCCCAGGGCUCUGUUCUGGGACCCAUCCUAUUUCUGAUAUUUGUAAACCACGUUGCUAGCAACCUGUCAUGCCGUUACAAGGUUUUUGCAGAUGACCUGAAGAUGUACAUGAAAAUUCGUCAUAUCCCGCAUGCCAGCUAUGACCUCGAUUCACAGAUGUGCCAGCGUGACAUUGAUAUGCUGCAGAGCACUGCUGAGUCUUGGUGCCUUUCUCUGAAUGUUAAAAAGUGUGUUGUCCUUCGUUUUCACAGGAAAUUCCACGCUCUCCCCCCUCCAUGUUAUCACAUCUCCAAUGCCCCAAUCCAGGUUGUCCACUCCCACACCGACCUUGGCGUUGUAGUUGAUUCAGACUUGGAGUUUCACAAUCAUAUUACAGCAACGGUUUCAAAAGCCGCGGGUCUAACUCAGAACCUGCUUAAAUCUACUGUUUGCAGGUCCCCGGACUUUAUGAUGACACUCUUCAGCACGCACGCUGUUCUGCUUAGACAAUGGGCUCCGACUGGGAUGAAAUCAAGCGUCUAGCUGCUGAUUUGCAGCGUGCCCAGCUGCUCUCCACAGCACAGAGGCUGUCGGAGCGCAACUGUAUCGAGAUCGUCACCAAGCUGGUGGAGCUCGGCCUGCUCGAUGUGGUGCACACCAGCACCGGAAAGGAGUACAUCACGCCCGAGCAGAUCUCGCGAGAGAUCAGGGACGAGCUGAUCGUCAGCGGCGGUCGUAUCGGCCUACCGGAGCUGUCGCAGACGCUCAAUGUGGACUUUUCCCACGUGGAGGCGCGCGUGCAGAAACUGGUGAACGAGGAGAAGACCAUCUUCCUGGUGAAUGGAUAUGUCAUCAACAACGUCUACCUAGACUGUAUCGCCGAGGAGGUGAAUGAGAAGCUGCAGCAGGUCGGCGAGAUCUCGAUCGGCGCACUGACCACGCAGUACGACCUGCCGUCCGAGUUCCUCGAGCGGGAGCUGCUGCGCCGGACGGGCUCCAUCAUCCGCGGCCAGCCGGACCCGGACGACCGGCGCACGCUCUUCACCGAGGCGUUCGUGGCGCAGAACUGGGCGCGGGUGCGCGGCGCCCUGUCGGCCAUCACGCGGCCGGUGACGGUGCUGCAGCUGCUGCAGCGGCACAACAUCAAGGAGCAGCUCUUCUUCAGUGUGGUGAGCGACCUGCUCUCGUCGGGCCGCCUGAAGGGCUCCCUGACCGGCGGCCGGACGGCCGUGCGCGCCGUCUUCAUCCCCGAGUGCUACACGAGCGCCCAGAACGCGUUCGUCGACCACCAGUACCGCCAGAACGGCUGCAUUGAGUACGAGGCUCUGCGCAGGGUCGGCAUCACCGACCCAGAGGCGUUCAUCAAACGUCGCUUCAAGGACGAGCCGCUGCGCUACCUGUCUAACUGCGCCGUGGGCGACACACUGGUCGAACAGGUCAAGGUGUCGCUGGAGGAGGCGGCGCUGGCGGGCAGCUUCGUGGACGUGGUGCCGCUGCUGCCGGCCAGCCUGUCGGCGGAGGACGUCGGCCAGCUGCUGGAGAGCUGCCGCGCCGGCCACGUGUUCGCCGACUCCGUGGUGGUCAGCGAGCGGCUGCUGGACCAGCUGCGUCAGCCGCUGGAGGACGCCAUGGCCGGCCGCGCCAAACAGGACAUCGAGUCGGGCCGGUACCCGCCCAAGCAGACGACCACCUCGAACCGGAUCAGGGACACGGACGACACCAAACGGGACCGAAAGGACGACCGGCGCAAGAAGGCGGCCGGCGGAAAGGCCGGCGGCGGCACCCAGGGCCGCGAGACCAAGACCAAGUCCACCAAGAAGAAGUACAUGAAGAAGGGCCACGAGUCCGACUCGGAGGACGAGCGGCCGGCGGCGGAGGACGGCCGCGAGCUGCCGUUCCUCAGCGUGGCCGAGCUGGAGGAGAGUCUGGCCGCCCACCCGGCGCUGGAGGACGCCCCCGAGGAGCUGGCGCCCGACAUCGCCCGCUUCCUGUACAGGCCUCUGACCAAGAAGUACCAGGAGGUCCUGAUGGUGGAACACCAGGCCGUGCUCGCCAACGCCGGCCAGGCCCGGCGCAGGAACUUUGGCGACUUCCAGGAUAAGGUGGCCUGUAUGGCGCUCAACAUUCGGCUGUUUCAGAAGGGCGCCGCCGACUUCGCGCCCGACACGAGUGCCCAGCUGCUGAAGCACCUGCAGCGCACCCUGUGCACAGAGCUGGUGAACGAGCUGUUUCAACACGCCGCCGCCGACAACAACGUCCAGUAUGACGAGAACAAGGAGCUGUCGGCAGAGGCCCGAGUGAAGAUCCUCAACAAGCUGCCGCAGGACAUGGCGCCCGACCUGCUGAAGCUGCACAAGGCGCUGACGGCCGCCGAGCUGAGCGACUUUGACGCGGCGCUCGAGCCGGCGCUGGCCACCUGCGGCGUCAUGCUGAAGAAACAGGACCGCAAAAAGGACCGACAGCAGCAGAGGGCGCACGUUCAGUGUCUCCUGGAGCAGCUGGCCGGCUCGACGGACUCUGCUCUGACGCUACAUCUGGCCGCCCUGGUGCUCUACCAAACGUUCACCGGGAACAUGCUGCACGCCUCUGGGAAGUUUGUGCCGGCCAUCGUGUCCCGGCUGACGGACCUGGUGCCCGCCGAGGUGCUCUCCGUGCUGCAGGAGUGCCAGGGUCUGGUGAUGAAGCAGCUGAAGCUGAAGGAGGCGGACCCGCAGCGGUCAGAGGUGAACCAGCAGCUGGAGCAGGUCAUCCCGCGGGUCAAGGAACUGGCCGCCACCGCGCGUAAGGCCUCCAGCUCGGCGGCCGAGUGAGUCGACCGGACUGGGCUGUCCGGACUGGUCCGGACUGGUCACUGGACCGAACCGGACUGGCUCGGACGCGUCACUGGACCGGACUGGGCUGCCCGGACUGGUCCGGACUGGUCCCUGGACCGAACUGGCCGGACUGGACUGGCUGGGACUCGUCACUGGACCGGACUGGGCUGUCCGGACUGGUCACUGGACUGGACUGGUCCGGACUGGUCCGGACUGGUCCGGACUGGUCCCUGGACCGAACUGGCCGGACUGGACUGGCUCGGACGCGUCACUGGCCGGAACAGAGCGCGGUACGUUGUUGGAUCGUCGGAAUAUUCUAUCUGGUUGUUGGGCUGAGGCCAAUGUCUCUGCGUCUACUGCGUAAUACAUGGUGUCUAAGGGAUA